CUCUAACUAUUUAAGUAGGUCGAUUUUUCCUCCUUUAUGAAAUAGUUAGGUUUUUAUACUCUAUCAAAUUUACACGUUAUCAACUAUACUACUAGUUCACAAUCGAUUCUAAAGCUCUAUACUAUUUGGUCAAAUCAACUAUCUUAACCAACCCCUUCCGUAGAGUAAUUGCUAACUUACUCAACCUUUGUCAUCACUCUUGUUACAAAACUUAAACCACACAUUCUUCAUUCUCACUAUUAUUAUUAGUCUUCCCAUUAGAGACAUUAAUACACCGAGUGCUACAAGUUCAAUCAAAUAAAUUAUCAACCCCUUGUAUAUACAAAGCAUAAAUUUCUUUAUCAUUACAAUGGCAGAGUUUAUAAAUAAAGUACAGUUAACUGAAACAAUUAGGUUCUUAAUAGUUAACUAUGAACAAGACAACUUCAAUAUAUUUAAUUCUAUAAUAAUCGAUGAACAUGAUCCCGCUCUCCUAGAACUCAACCAAAAUAAUGGGGAAGUAGAUUUCGAGAAAAGGAAGCUAGGGUUCAUGAUGUCUAACUUUGUUGCCUUUUGUGGAUGGUCAAAUCAUCGCAUGAUAUAUUUAAGUGAAGAUUAUCUAUCUACAGACCAAUAUAUCUUGGAUUUCCGAUCUCUAUACGAUAGAGUCCUUGAAACAAUCGACGAAGUAUUAGUGGAAAUGGUAAGAGGUUCACGUAUUUCAUUUAGUUAUGUUAAUUCUUGUUUCCAUAUUUCAAGAAUAUUUUUCACUUCGUUGGCACGUUCUAGGUUAGAAGAUGGUCAAUUAAGAAACAGAAGAGUCAAUUACAGCGGUUCCCGGAGAUACUUUGAAAAUUAUCUGCAAGCAUUUCCAUCAUCAAUAGGCUUGCCAGGUGAUAAUGAUUUGGAAAAUAAAUUAAUGAGCUUAUCAUUAAAUGUUGGUAUGUUAAAGAAGACUCACUUUCUUACUACUGAGAUCCUUAAAAAAGUCGAUAGUGAAGCUGAACUUAAAAUGCAAUUCGAAUCUUCAUUUCUAGAUGGUCUCUUACGAAUUCUAUCAUACAAAUUUGAUUCUGCAGACGUAACUCCAGAGGAUACUAGUAGUGGUAUAGUUCGUCCUGAUUUAGGAAUACGGGUGACUAAAGCAGGUAGCCAAUUUUAUGUGCCUAUCGAGCUCAAAACGAGCGGAUUAAGAGGAGCUAUCGAUUCAAUAGCAAAUCAUAACUUGCCAUUUAUGGGACCAAACGCAUUUAGAGAGCAUUUCAAUCAAAGUAUAUUUCAGAUGCUUACAUAUCACUCGGAGAUAGGAUUCCUCAUCGAUAGAUCUUCGAUUAUUAUCAUAAGAAUUAAGCUGUCAAAAAUCGUCAAUCAAUUAGUGAAUCAAGCUGACGGUUCACUUUUAAAAGUCUUAGAUUGUUCAGUACUUUGUUUAGAACACAGCACUAAUGGUAAUAAUUUAGGGUCAAUAUUAAUUAGUUAUUUGGCAGAUUAUUUCCAAAAUAUAACUUUGCAACGUACUACGGCAAUUGAAGUGUUAUUUAGAAGUUUUCAGCUAAGUGAAGAUCAAAAGCGUCUUAGGAUGGUUAGUAGGGUAGAUUUUGUUAGAGGAGAAUGGCUCAACAGGUUCUCAAAUUAUCAGUUGGUUGGCAAUUCUUUCGUUCAUAAUUCCCAUCCUGAUAUUCUGAUUGCUCGUGAAAUUUUUGAACUCAAAGAUUUAAUUGAGGAGUGGAGAGAAAGAAAUGAGAAUGAAUUUGAAAUUGUUCGGAAUUUGAGGGAUGGUGAAAAUAUCAAUGGCCACUUCUCUAAAGUGUUCUUGGGUAGAUUUCGUGGUACCAAUAGUAAUAUUGUACUUAAAAUCUAUGAUCCCAUGUCAGCUCCCAUCCUUGAUAGAGGAAUUGGGUUAGCAGACAGAGCAUUCAACAGUGUGUUCAGUUAUAUACUAGAAAUGUUUUUCUCAGAAAUUAGAGCCUAUCUCAAAAUAAGAGGUGUACCAAGUGGUACGGAUAAUUCUCCACCUGAUAGUGGCAGUGGAAAUAAAUCAUUGAAGAGUUUAAUAAAUAUUAAUUACACUCCUUUUCUCUAUGAUUUCGGUUACUUCAGUGGUUCGAUGGGACUGGGAUUUUACUUAGUUGAGGAAUUCCUCGUCGAUGAAAAAUUAAAUUGUGAAACUGAGCAUUUCAAUACUUUGGCUAGGGAAGCUCUCACUAAAGUCCAUCAAAUUGGAUUGAUCCAUGGGGAUAUUCAUGCUGCUAAUUUAAUUUAUGAAAGGCGUAGAGAUCGAGUUUUCUUAAUAGAUUUUGGAAAAUCUAGCUUUACCAACCUUGAUGAGAUUCAAAACAAUAUAGAAACUGACUGGGUAGAUUUAGAAAGAACCUUACUUCAAAUUCGAAAUAUGAGAUUUCAUUUAAACCAUUAAAUUUAUCUAUAAUUUUGCUAGUAUUAAUUGCUUAAAAGUAUGACUACUUAUAACAAGAGAGUAUUUAUGUUAAUAUAUUAAUUUCCGUAACUAUUUCCCUGAUUCAAUAGUGCUUAUAUAAAACAUAUAGUUUUUCAAAAAGUGAAGUCGCAGUCAAAAUCAUUUUCUAUAAAUGUCUAUGAAGGGUAUGUGAG